UCAUCUCCUCGGCCAGAAAACGAGAGUUGAUGCCUGUGGCACUUGUGUUCGUCGAGAAUCUAAAACCCAAAUCUUCUUUUCUCGGAGCUGUAUUCAAUCAUUCUAGCUCAUCAAGUUAAACAGAAUUUGGGGUUUCCACUGCAACCUCUUCUGCUGAUAACACUGAGGAAGAGGCAAAGCUAGAGCAUUAAGAAGACGCGGUGGUUCCGAAAGAUCAGAAAUUUUCAAUCAGCCAUGGAUUCUUCUCAUUACAAUCCUACUACCUACGAACCAUGGAAUUCUCCUUACUCUCCUCAUCUUCAUCCUCCUUCUGCUCCUCUCCUUCCGCCGCCACCGCCGUUACCUCCUCCUCGUCAAUCUCAUCCCGAUAGCCCUAAUUUCUAUGCUCGAUCAACCCAGAGCAAUGGGCAACGCCAUGAUUACCACCACCAGUACUCUCAUCAUCGCCAAGAUCUUCCUCCUAAUCCGCCGGUUAACCAGCCAUCUUCAUAUUACUCUCAGCAUCCGCCGCCGCCGCAGCAACACAAUCAGCCACCACCGUUGCAGCAGCUACAGCAACAGCAUCCUCAAUACAUUCCUCAGCAAGUUAGCUAUGAGCCUCAAAGGAUAUCGCAGCCGUUGUCAUCGAGUAUUCAGUGUACGGAAUCGCGAGAAAUUGCUCAGUCUGAUUGGCCUGUGUUCAAUGAAAAAAGACAUGAUCCAUGGACUGUCGAUGCUGCUCAGGGUCGAACUCGAGUGGAUGAUGGUCUAGGCCGUAACUAUCAGUAUGACUACAGCCGCUCCUCCAGGGAUUCUUCGGGUGUUACCACUAAUCGUGCCUUAGAUGGUAGUUCUAGGUCUAGAGAUGAGCUUCGUAGUCUUGGAUAUGUUAGAAAAGAAUCUGGAGCCACUAGGAUAGAUGGAAAUUAUCAAGACCGUGGUCAGUUGAAAUCAGAAUUCGAUAGAUAUUAUAGGGGUUUAAACGAGAAUAAUAGGGUUUCAUCUCCAACUGUUGUUUAUGGCAGUGAACGCCAUGGUGUUAGUGUUACAGUCAGUCGCAAUAUGACUAGGUCAUCGGCUAGCCAUGAGGGGGCUAGAACCCACAGAUGGGAUGAAGCGCGUAAUGGAGGGAGGACUCUGUAUCCCCGGAAAAAGGAUGAUUAUCAUCAUUCUGAAGUAGAAAAAUAUAUUGACCGUGGACGAAGAGAGGAGAGCAAUGAAUUGAAUCGAACACCCAGGAAACAAAUGCAGAAGAAGAGUGCUCUACUAAGGCUUGAAACUCCAAGAUCUUAUCAAAACAACAGAGAGAAUGAUUGGUCUCGGCAACAUAAUCAUCAUAAUGGGAAAAGGUUUAACUCUAACUCGUAUAGGGGUAAGGAACAAUUGGGUCAUUCUGAUCGUGGACUGGUGGAGAAGCAAAGGGGGCGUACUCCAGUGGAUCUUGAUGUUUCAUUUAAAUCGAAUGUUCUGGUAGCUAAGCCUGUAGCAUCACCUACAAAUGCAGGCAUCCGUUCGGGCGCGUCUGUGACACCUAGGUCUAGUAAAGCUAGAAGAGCAUUGCUUUCUGAAAACAAUGAGAAAGCUUCAUUGACUGAAGGAAAUGAAAAGUUAAGAACCCAUUUGUCAUUUGAGGUAUCUGUUUCUGAAGAAAGAAAAUCUAUUGGUUCAUCUGAUGGAUCUUUGGGUUAUGAAGGGAAGGAUUUACAGAAGUCAUCUUUAGAUGCAUCCAUCUAUUUUAAUAGAGAAGAUCCUGGUAGUCAGGUGUUUGCAAAGUCAGAUUUUGGUGGUAUCAAAGAUGACAACAAGAAGAUCAGUAUAGAUUCCUUGUCUCAUGAAAAUGACUCCUCUAGGGGUCUCCACAUGGGUCUGGUUUCCUCUGCCACUGUGGACGUUGCUAAUGUUUCAAUGGAUCUUGCUAAUUCCAAUAAUAGUGCUUCAGGGGACCUUGGUAAUGCCAAGAAUAGUGCUUCAGGGGACCUUACUAACGCCAGCAGUUUUACUGUUGGAUCGUAUAUCAAUACUAUGGUCAAGUCACCUGAUAUGAGUGUAGUUAUGGAAAGUAAAAAUCUUCUUCAGUGCGAAAAGACGGUUAAUCCAUCAGUUGAGAAUGUUAGCAGAAAAGAAUACAUGGAAACUACCCCUCUUAAUAUGACUACAGAAAUGGUUGACAAUAUGGACAGUGAUGAAGGUAAACAGACGUGUGUAAAUGGCACUUCAUCUAUGACAAAGUUUGCAGUAAUGGGAUCAUUAAAUGUGUUGCCUAUGGAGAAGACGGAUGGCUGUUCGCAUAAUGAUAAAUCAGAUUUAGCUAUGGCAGUACCAUCUGAGGUGUGUAUGGAAAAUGUAAGUGCCGAGAGAAAUGUCAAUGAUGAAGAUCUGGUUUUGAAAUCUCAUCCUCCAGAAAUUCCUCAUGUAGAUCAGUUUAGUGGUACAGAUAGUAGGUAUUUCAAAGCUUGUUUGUCGGAGUCAAAUUUUUCUCUUAGCAAAGAUCUUACUGAUUGUGCGAGUGAUAGUCUUGUUGAGGGAGACGCUAGUCAAAGUGAUGCAACAUUUUGUGAUAAAUUACCUAGGUUGUCUGCCUUUGUAACUGAAACAUAUCCUGCAGUUGAAAUCAAUGGUAUGUCUGGUACUGAAAGAGAUAUGGAUACAGAAUCCAGUCUCCAAGAAAUCGAACCAUGUAAAACAGUAUGCAAGUUGUUUCCUGAAGAUCAUUCUGGAUGUGGAUUAUCUGGUGCAAUUGGUUCUGUCCGAAAUCUCUCUAUGGAUAAAAAUCUGGAAAAGGGUCCUUCAAUGGUCAGCUCUUGCUUAGUAUCCGAUAGUUCUGUCAGUCCUUGUCAUAUUUCUCCCUUGGUGGUAGAGAAUGAGCAUAUACAAAACAAAACAUCUUUUCAAGCUAACUGCAGUGAUUUUCAAGGUGCCAUCAUGCAUAAGGAAAAUGAUUGUGCUGAAAUGAUUGAGGUAGAUAUUCAAGAAGAGAAAGCAAAGCCUUCUGGUGGAACUUCUAAAUGCAGAACUCUGGGAACUAAUAUUAUUGCUGGUAGUGGGGACUCUGUGCUUUCAUGUGAUUCUUUGUCCAGCUCACCAAGGCGGAACUUCCGGCAGAUACGGAGUGAAGUUCAUGUUGCUGCUGUGGUUGAUGCAAGUAGCAAAGGUAAAGAGAAACCCAAGCCUUCUGGUAAUACUUCUAAGUCCAGAAAUUCGGGAACUGAUAUCGCUGCUGUUAGGAGGGAUUCUGUGCUUCCAUGUGAUUCUCUAUCCAGCUCGCCAAGGCUGCACAGACCGAUACGGAGUGAAAUUCAUGUUGCUUCUAUGGUUGAUGAUACUAGCAAAUCUAAAGAGGAAACAGAUCCUUCUGGUGAAACUUCUAAACACAGAACAUCGGGAACUGUUAUCAUUGCUGGUAGUGGGGAUUCUACGUUUCCAAGUAAUUCUUUAUCAAGUUCACCAAGGUUGAACUGCAGGCAGUUACGGAGUGAAAUUCAUGUUGCUGCUAUGGUUGAUGAAUCUAACAAAGGUAAAGAGAGUCAACAUGGAGAUGACAUUUUAGAUAGUUUACCAGAGCAAAUCAUGACCUCCCAUGAGGUAACCCAGCCAGGUAGUUCUAUGGUGCAUUUUGAUUUAGUUAAGCCAAAUGGCGAUUCAAUAGAGAAGCUGACUGAUAUAACUUCUAAUGUUGGCUCUGGUGAAGCGUUGUCAUGUGAUGGAAAAGUUUCUGGAACUGAAAUUCCUGGUGAUACAGGUGUUCGUGUGUCCAGAUCCUACUCACAUGCAGAUGUUAAAGUUCCAUUGACCCAUGUUAAAGAUGAUGUAGUCUCUGUGCCAAAUCGGGAUUUCCAAAGUAAGACAUCUAUGAUUUCUAAGUAUGAAAUAGAAAAGAAGAAAAUGAAAUCCAACUACUCUGCUCAGAAAAGUUAUCCCAGUUCCCUGCCUUUUGUGUCUGACACUAAGAAAGGUGCUAACCCUCCAGUUCAUAUCACUAAGCGUCACACGUGGCAUCGAAAGUCCGAUACUUCUUCUUCUUCUUUUGGAGCUGCCAAGCCUUUGUCGUCAACUUUGUCUAAAACACAGAUUGUUCCCAGAGUGACAGCCAAAUCUAGUAGUAGUUAUGUACGUAAAGGAAACAGUCUUCUUCGAAAACCCUCGCCUGGUGCUCCUGGUGUUGCCCUUGGAAUGGCUCCAUCUGCUGUCCAGUUGAAUCAUUUUACUGUCCAAGACAAAAGCAUGGGAUCGUCCAGUAUGGUUGAUGCAGAUAAUGCUUCUUCUAUUGUUAAAACUGGAAAAAUACUUACUCUUGAGAGGCAGUCAAAUCCUCUCUCAGACAGCAGCACUUCCAAAGUAUCAAAUGCCAUUGCUACUUCAUCAGGAAAAUGUGCGUUAUCGUACAGCAUGGAUCACCUUACCACCGGCUUACCUGAGUCUAUCAUGGAUUCUGCUACAUCCGGAGAAGCUUAUGUUCCACAUUCUGGUGGGGAUACAUUCAAGACAUCUGACACACUAGUUCAGACAGAUAACACUUCAGAUUGCCAGCAGAAGAGAAAUCUCCCUAACUCGGAUUCGUCAAAUUUGAAGAGAAUGGUAUAUGUCAAGAGAAAGGCAAAUCAGUUGGUUGCAGCUUCAGAUAUUCUUGGUGUCAGUACGAACCAGAUUCCUCCCUCUGAUGGCUACUUUAAGCGAAGUAAAAAUCAGCUUGUAAGAAAUUCAGAGAGCUGUGUCAAUCUGUCAAUUUCCCUGCCUGAUGAUGCUUUAGAUACACGAUCAGCUACAAACAUGGUUUCAGAAAGAUCAUCUAGCUCAGCAUUCUCUGACUCUGCUGUCAUGCGACCAUUUAAGCAAUCAAAGUUUUCUCUGGUUUGGACGCAAAAUGAUCCACAGCCAAAAAUGCCCAUAGCUCACAUGCGAUAUCAGAAGAUUUUGCCACAACUCGUUCCUUGGAAAAGAGUGACAUACUGGAGAAGAUUAAUGAAUUCAGCGUCUGCUUACCGAAAUGGUUCUUUUUCCAACAUUAGCCAAAAGUUGUCAAUGAUGAGGAAGAGACACACAGUUUACACAAGAUCAACUAAUGGGUAUUCGCUUAGAAAAUCUAAGGUAUUAAGUAUUGGUGGAUCGCAUUUAAAAUGGUCCAAGUCCAUUGAGAGAGACUCGAGAAAAGCUAAUGAGGAAGCCACCUUGGCUGUGGCUGCAUUCUCAAAGAUUGAAAGCGAAAAGCAUUCAGAAAAAAAUAAUCCUAGGACAACGAGCAGAAACCAUCUGGCACGAGAGCGCGUUUUCAGGUUUGGUUCCCUUCGUUACAAAAUGGACUCUUCAAGGCGAACUCUUCAGAGAAUAUCUGAUGUUGAUCCACCGUGUUCUGGCUCUUCUGAAAAUGGAAAGGGUGUGAAAAGACCAUUUAUCCCAAAGAGAUUGGUGAUUGGCAAUGAAGAAUAUGUUCGGGUCGGAAAUGGUAACCAGCUUGUCAGAGAUCCAAAGAAACGAAUUCGUGUGUUGGCAAAUGAGAAAGUCAGAUGGAGCCUGCAUAAUGUCCGGUUGCGAUUGGCCAAAAAGAAGAAGUACUGCCAGUUUUUCACAAGAUUUGGGAAAUGCAACAAAGAUGACGGAAAAUGUCCCUAUGUUCAUGACCCCUCGAAAAUUGCUGUCUGCACCAAAUUUUUGAAUGGAUUGUGUGCCAAUGCGAAUUGCAAAUUGACUCACAAGGUCAUUCCAGAAAGGAUGCCUGAUUGUUCCUAUUUUCUGCAAGGCCUAUGUAACAACGAGGCAUGUCCAUAUAGACAUGUGCAUGUCAACCCAAGUGCCGCUAUAUGUGAUGGGUUUUUAAAGGGGUACUGUUCAGACGGAGACGAGUGCCGGAAGAAGCAUUCCUACAUCUGCCCGGUUUAUGAAGCUUCUGGAUCAUGCUCUAAAGGAUUGAAAUGCAAGCUCCACCACCCCAAGUUACAAAGCAAAGGAAGAAAGAGGAAAAGACCAAGCGAACCAUCACAGAAAAAUUCCCGUGGGCGUUACUUUGGUUCACAGCACAAUGUCCUUUCUGAGUCCGAACCAAUGAUAUUGGAUAGAUGUUCUACUGAUAGUGAAGUUUUCGGAAUGGAAGGUCUCGAUUUUAUAAUCCUUGGCACUACUGAGUAUGAAGCCGGUGAUAACAGUGAUCCAGCCACCGAGCAAUUUAUAUCCCGCGAUAAUGAUUCACCGAUAUCAAUAUACAAUCUAAUUAGACCAGUAGCUCUGAUGCAGUAAGAAGUAUCAGUUUGGUUAGGUGAGUACCAUGAUCUUCAAUGAUCGUAAGACUGGAAGAUCAAGGGGAUUCAGAUUCAGCACAUGCAACGAUGAUAAAUCUAUGGAGGAUGCGGUCAAGGGAAUGAACGGACAAUAGCUCGAAGGUCGCUAAAUCGCGAGGAAGUGGUGGUGAAGGAGGCCAUGGUCGAAGUGGUGGCGGCAGACGCGUGGGUGGAAGGACAUGGUGAUGGUGUCAGACGUGGAGGAUACAGCAGCGUUGGUGGUGGAGAUGGUGGUUCCGUAGGUUAGGGAUUUGAAUGUUUUGAUUCUUUCGUCUGUUUUUUUUUUUUUGUUUUUUAACAGCGUUUCGUCUGGUUGUGUCGUCGUUGGUUCUGCUUUUGCUAUUUUUUAUGUACAGGUAAUGUAAGUCACUAUUCGUUCUCUAAAAAAGCGCAUUCGCUAGAUUUAUUUGUC